GACAGUCGUGUUGUUCAGGAGUGUCAAACUGCCAACUCCGCUGAGUGACUGACUGCGUGGGUGAUCGUUGACAGAAAUAUCCGCGAGAUUCCGGAGAGGAGCUCUGUCUACCUAGCUGAAUCGUAUCUUGUCGUGAGAGGUGUCAAGAAGGCCAACUCACAAGAGUCCCUACCGAACGCGGCGUACUAGUGAGCGGCUCCUUCGUCGAGUACCGCCAUUUUCUUGAUGCCGGUAAGGGGGGCUCAUGUGGCAUUAAUUUGUAGCUGGAUCUUCGGCCAGUGUUCAGCGCUACGUUGGGAAUCGGAUAAUGUCAUCAAAUGCGAUGCCAUCAACCAGUACGCAUCGGAAGACUGUAGCGUCAAAAUACUCAAUCUGCGCAGUCGGGCACUUGGGAAAGGUUUCGACUGUUCCUGGCUGCCCGCAUGCUCCGAGGAUUUUACGACUCCAGACGGGUCCCAGCAAUGCUUCAGAAUAGUUUCAAGCGGCGUGGAAUACUUGGUCAAAAUCACCAACGAUUCCCAAUAUGACAUCUUCCUGAGAAAAGACUAUGUGAAACUGGUCUUCAGCGAUAGAUUCAUAGAUCAUCCCGAAUUCCCGCUGACAUACCACAUCGACCUGUGUCUGCCUAGUUUCACUGCAUACCUGUAAAAAAUACCCAUCGCUCCCGGUUCCUGAAGAAAAAUAUACCUACUCGCUCGCGGAAAGACUCAGUUUUC